AUGCUCCUGUCCAACAUCACAGACUCUCUAACUGGAGAAGUGCCUCUCUCAGUGAACUUCGACACUCCUGUGGAAUAUCUAAUUUUUAUUUUCCAGAUUCUAUUCGCUACAGCUACUGUUCUCGUAGCCGGGCCUGUAGUCAUUGCCAUCUUGUCUACCAGAGCGCUUCGCCUCCAAAACAGGUUUAUUUUCAUGCUGAACACCAGUAUUUGUGAUACGCUCGUUGGGUUUUCAGUGUAUUAUCUCGGUCUGUUUGAUGUUCAGGAGGGAUAUCCUUCAAGAAAUGGAACUCACAAUAUGUUACCUUCUCUCCUAGGUGUAAACAUAAUGACAUUUUUAUUUGCACAGUUUGACCGUUAUUUUGCUGUGUGCCACCCAUUCAUCUACACACGUUUUCUAACCCGGCGAGUGGUUAUCUCAGCAAAUGUCUAUUGUUGGUUUCAUGUCUACGCUCAGACGAUCAUUUCAAAUUUCUUGCCCCUUUCCAGAGCAAUACAGUUGUAUGUUUUCAGUAUUAUCAGCUUACAAGUCAUUGUGCUCACCAAAGUGGUCAUGACUAUCAAACUGUAUGUUAUUGCCAGAUUCCAGGUAGAGAGAGACCCCCCCAGCGCCGAGAAAGAAAACAAAAAGGAGUCCUUGAGAAUCAUCAUUUUUGUUGUCAUAAGCUUCUUGGUGUUGUGGAGCCCCUCUUUUAUUAAUAUCGUACUCAGACUGGUGAUAGGAAGAGGGUUGAUAUUUAAGAACGAGGCCACCAAUCUUUUCGCUAUCAUGGCUCGUUUCAACGCCGUGUGCACACCGGCGGUGUACUUGUGGGGAAGUCAGGCUCUGAGGGAAGCCCUGUUUAGGACAGUGUGGGGCAGAUUGUGCCCAAGAUGCAACAGGAGGUAA